AUGUCAUCUUUGUGUGAUGAUGAUCAGUCGACGUACUGUACGUUCGGUUCAGAGGCUGAGGUGUGUAUGCAUGACGAGAGUAGGGAGCCAUGCAUGUAUUACCGACGGUACCCCUCUGGUGACAUCUACAGAUAUUGCGUAUGCGGUUCGGUUGGAAGUAGGCUUCCAAGACUGGAAAGGAGCUGUAGUAACCGAGAUACGGACAGUACGACGGUACGAAUGUCGACAGAUAUGCCGUCGACUCAGCCGCCCACUGUUGCGACAACAAUGUACACUAGGGAGCCGCUCGCCUCUCCCCGUGUAGCGACAGCACCGCCGGGCGGGGAGCCUCUCGCCUCGGCCACUAUAGCAGCCAUCGUUCUGGGAACUGUUCUGGGGGUUCUUCUGAUUGCAGUCGCUCUUGGAUUACUCUGUCUAUUCAGAAUGAAUAGAUUAAAGUGUGGAGCGGGAACAGGCGUGACCACUACUGAUGCAGGUAUCGAAAUGGCACAAAAUGGCAAUGGAAGCGUUCGAGGUCAAGGGUCAGUUGUUUCCACAAACGCCUAUGAAGAUACAUCGACAAGAAGGGACGGCACAUCUGAGCAUGCGUACAAAUCCUUACAUCUGGAUCACGAACAGAGUCAUUACUACUCCCGGAUCCCAGAGAAGAGUGGCACCCCCGGUGUUCGAACUACCCAAGAGGAGGUCACACCCUCAGCCCCGCCCAUAGAAGGUCAUGACCAAAAUACGGAGGCUCAAGAAGGACAUGAAUAUUUUGUCCUUGAGCGUGAGCCAUCGAAACGAUCAUCAGAGACAGAAAACUCAAACCACGAUUAUUUUGUUCUAGAGAAAGACCAGGGGGAGGGUGGGGAAGAUGGAGAUACUCCUGGGAAGGAGGUUGACAGUGCCAUUGUAUCGAAACCGGCUGCCACACAUGAAGGUUACGAUCGCAUAAAACUUUCACCACAACAUAAUACUGCUGAGAACACUUACAGUCAUUUAAAACCUAACCCUGUGAAAGAGGUCGAGUAUGACCAUCUUGCUAGACCUGGACACACAUGAGCGGUUGGGGGCGUCUUAGAUCAAGAGAGAAGAGAUUAAGGUCGUAUUCGAAUUGGCUAUACGGCUACGAUUGUUGCAAGAGAUGUUUCUAAGGAAGCCCUAGACUUAAACGCAUGAUGACGCGGAUGUCUAGCCGCAACCCUAGCUGUAGCCGCUAAUUCGGACAAGGCCUAUCACGUAGACCGUGUCUAAAAUGGCGGAUAUGGCUACUCAAAAGUUUCUCAAAAUGCAUUAUACUCUCAAUUGCUACUGUACUUCCUAUAGAUAAAGUAAGUUUUUAUUGCCAUUAGGGGCCUAAUGUUCAGAUACAUUAGCAAACGUAAACAGACGCCUUUAAAGGCAGUGGACACUAUUGAUAAUUACUCAAAAUAACGAUCAGCAUGAAA